GUAACAAACGUAAGGCUCGGUAAAUAUUGCACAUAGCAACAAUAGCAACUCAUAUUACUCAUAGCAACGAAAACAAGUUCAGUGAAUGGUGAGCUUCAUUCAGUUUCUUCGAAGGAGAAAUCAGUAAUUGUUAAAAAGGAACUUAAAUUGUUGUCAUUCUUUGUCAUAUUAUACGAUAUUAGCCGUUAAAGAUUCGAGAGAAUUAUGUAUAGCAGUAUAGCUCAGUAGCUGGGAUGUAUAUUAGAAUCAUGGCAAGAGAAAUUUGAGAAAGUAAUAGUAUUGUGUACAUAUAUUACAAACACAAUGCCAGAUAAAAUUCGCCGUAUAUCCAGUAUCCAUGAAGCUGUUCGUUUUGGUGACGUAACAGAAGUUCAGGCAAUGGUACAGAGUGGUGCUGGAAUUAAUGAUUUAGAUCCAAAAUUUAAAUUUACACCACUCCACUGGGCUUGCAAUUAUGGUAGUCUAGAGUGUUUACAUUGGCUUUUGUGGCACGGUGCGUCUUAUUCGGAAACAUCUCCGGACGGUUGGACACCAGCCCAUAUUGCAGCUAUUCGUGGUCAGAACGCUUGUCUACAGGCAUUGGCUGCAAACGGUGCCUCAUUGGAGGCAAGGGACCUUCGAGGUUCAACGCCAUCUCACUUGGCAGCAACACAUGGAAAUUCUUACACUUUGCAAUCAAUAUUAAGACAUGGCGUUGAUAUUAAUACCGUUGAUAAAUUUGGUUGGACCGCUGUUCAUGCUGCUUCGUUCCAUGGCAGGCUCGGUUGUCUUCAGCUGUUAUUCCGCUGGGGAGCUCGGUUAGAUGAAGUUGAUGGUUUAGGAAAUACUCCAGUGCAUCUAGCAAGUGUUGAGGGUCAUCUUCCUUGUGUAAAAUUUCUUAUCUGUUCAGCAGCCAGUAUUGAUCAAACUCUCAACACACGUAAUGAUCAGGGCGAAACACCGCUGGACCUUUGUCGGCAAAUGCAGAAACAUGAUUGUUUAGAUUAUUUGACAGCUGUGGAGUACGAUCUUCUACAUCCAGAAAAAGAAGAAAACCUGGCGUUUCCAGCCCAUGCAGCAGCGUACAACGGAGAUCUUGGACAUUUAAAAAUGCUCAUUGAGACUGGUGUUGUGUCUGUGAAUGAGCGAAAUGAUAAAGGUUCCACACCAGCACACAAAGCUGCUGGUAACGGCCAUGUUGAAUCUCUUCAAUGGUUGGUUGAGAAGGGAGCUGACCUGUCAAUUAUGAAUUCAGCUGGUGAAACACCAAAAGAUGUCGCGAGAAGAUUCGGUAGAUUAGCCUGUGUUAACAUACUUGGUGGAGAAACAGGUAACGAAGACUUAGUUGAUGAAGCAAGUCAAGAUCAAGAGCCUAAAGGGCCUCAAUCGAGUGCGAAAGCUAAAGGUAGAGCAAAACGUAAAAUGGAGGAACUGCAACGUUUGUUGGAUACAGCAAAGAUGAAUUAUCAACAACUUGGAGGUGAACUUGAGGAGGAUAAAAUUAAGCAAGAAGAACAGAAAGAAAACGCUAGGGUUAUUCGAGAGCUGGAAGCUCAGUUAGAAUAUGAACGAAUACGUCGUGAGGACUUGGAAGCAGAUUCCGACAAACUUCGUUCAAAAAUUCAUUCUCUUACGUUGGAAAUUGAAGAAAUGCGUAAUAUGACUAUAGCAAAGGCCCAGGCCCCGCGGACUUCAGAACCUGUGAUGGGUCGUCAAAGGAAAAAGAAAACGAAGCCUCGACCACACACAGCAUUUGCAAGCGGUCUUCAUGGCUUCUUUGAAUAAAAAAUGCUUUAUGGAACACCAAAAUAUGUAAUAGACCUUUCUUAUAAUGAUGUCAAACGCGGAAAG